GCCGUAUCUCAAUGUUGUAUCGACACGUGGCAGGCAUAGAUCACAGCAUCCUUACCCACCACAUCCUGUCAGUGAGAAUGUGGGCGCAGAGUGGGGUUCAAGUUUCCUACACGUGGCUCUUUUAUGCAGUACACUUUCCUCCUCCAAAACUGUUCUGUCUUGUGAGAUGAUGUCUUUACCACUGACUUUUGUGACCAUAACCCCAAAGACGAAGCACACCGCCACAGUCAUAUUCGCUCAUGGACUAGGAGAUAAUGGCCUGGAGUUCUCAAACAACAAGGAGAUGCGCACGAUCGCAUCCCAGCUUCCACACAUCAAGUGGGUGUUCCCUAAUGCACCUGAGCGCUCCAUUACUGCAUGGAAAGGAGAUACGAGAAGGCAAAGUUCAACUAGGGGCUGGUUUGACGUCUUACGGGAGCCUUUGAUGUACUCGUCGGAACACGAUGACAUUAAGGAGUACGAUGAGGGAAUUAUGCAAAGCGUCAAGCAUCUAGAUGCCUUUAUCCAGUCUGAGAUCAAUUCAGGGGGAUUUGGCCAAGGAGGCGCGAUAUCCCUGAUCACAGGUUUGGGUGAUAGUCAGUGGAGGGGUACAUCCGAUACGAAAGAUGGUUGGAAGUUGGGAGGUAUCAUAUGUCUGGGCGGUUGGCUCCCCAUGCGGGAAAAAUACAAAAAGCGGUUGUCCAUGCACGCAUCUACGAUACCCGUGUUCUGGGGUCAUGGAGUGCAGAAUGAAUCUGUGACCUGGGAUCUGAGCUGGGAGUCAGCCAGGUUCAUAGGAGAUAAACUGGAAGUCAGAUAUGGACAAUAUACGAAGGUGGGAGAAUCGGGCGUAAGCUUUAUGUCGUACGGCGUAGCUCAUUGGAUGGCUGAAUCUGAGAUGGAGGACCUGAGGUUGUUCUUGAAGAAGGUCCUUCCUUGGGAAGGAUAGGGGCGUGUCAAUCUGUUCUGUGUACUGAGACUUUUUUCACACCCUGUUAGAUUGAAAAUAAAAAUUCGUUCAACUUGG